AUGGCCGGUUUAUCAACAGUCAACAUGGAGCCAGAAGUCAAGAAGGUGUCCAAGAAGCUAAAAAAGAAGCUGAUAGCUUCAGAACAAUCGGAGCAGAAUCAACCUCAGUCGCUGCUAAAAGCUCCCAAAAAGGUUGCCCAGAAUCAGUUAAACUUCAAAAGAGUAGGAGGAGGCUCAUUAGGAAGACAUCCUGUGGUCUUUUCAGCUGAUGCCAUCCAUUUUAUGUUUUCAAACUCCAACUCCAUUCAUGUCUAUCACACGGCCACCAGCAUGCAUGUCCGCAUUAUAGAUCCCAUUGUGACUGAAGAAGAAAGAGAAAUCUUUCAUAUUACUGCCCUGGCUACACAUCCGGAGCGUCAUACUCUAAUCUACUCGGCUACUUCUGAUGGACGUAUUGAACUGUGGGAUUUCACUACCGGAGAGCUGCGAGAUACAUGGAAAGUGGCUCCAAAGAUUAGGGCCAUGAAACUACACGCAAACACAGCAUACGUAAUCACUUCACGUCUCCCGCUACCUAACUCUAAAGAGGAGCGGUCCAAACCAUCAAACUAUUUAUUACGAGUCGGAUUAAACGAAAGCAAGAAGUUUGCUGGAUAUGAGAAAUUGGCUUCUGUAGACAAUGAAUUUUCAGGAUUGGACGUUUCGCAAGACGGCAAAUAUGUGGUGGUUGGUGCUAGAAGCUACUUCAAAGUUGUCCAUACCGCCAGUAAACGAGUUGACAAGGUAAACGAAUCAACCAUGACAUGUUUAGCUAUACAUCCGACUGAACCUCUAGUUGCGAUUGGUGACGCGCUUGGUAGAAUCACAUUAUGGUAUUGUUUAUAUGAUGAGGAACGAGCACCAACAGUUUCAGCUCUACAUUGGCACGCUCAUGCUGUUCAGACUAUUGCUUUCGCUCAAGAUGGUGUCACCAUGUUGUCAGGAGGAGAAGAAGCCGUCCUCGUGAUAUGGCAACUGCCAACGCGACAAGCUACAUAUAUACCACGUCUCGGAUCUCCAAUAUUCAGAAUAUCAGUUAGUCCUGACAAUAUGUCGUAUGCAUUAUGUCAAUUUGGGAAUAUGGUCAGGAUUGUAUCAGCUGUUGAUCAAAGGACUCAACAAGCUGUCUCGGGAUUGCGAAUUGGGAGAAUACGCUCUGAUUCUCAACUGAGUACUGGAUUGGUUCUUGAACCGAGAAACAAGUUGAUUGCAUUGAAUGGAUUGCCUGGAAGUUUGCAAUUCUUGAACUCAAAGACACUUGAGCAUGUCAUGGAGCUUGAAGUAACGCCUGGAAAUCGAGUAUCACGUAUGGAUAAAAAUGAGAUUAUUCGUGCACAUGUAAUAUAUGUGGCAUUCUCUGGUGACGGAGAGUGGAUGACCACAGUUGAGUCUCGAGAGUCAGGUCCUAAUGAGCAACAAUUAAAGUUUUGGAGAUAUGAUGCUGCAACUCAAGGGUACUCUGUAAAUACCAGAGUAGAUAAACCUCAUGAUGGAAACAUCAUGUCCUUAAGAAUGAAUACGAAUUCGGAUACUGCACCUACCUGUAUUACAACAGGUGAUGACAACAAGUUUAGAUUAUGGGGUGCUGCAGUGUCUUCGGAAGAGAAUGAUGUUCGAUGGGCAUGCAAAUUUGUUGGAAUGUACAAGUCUGAAAAGCCAACGGACGCUGUGAUAUCUUCUGAUGGAUCAUUGCUUGCUGUUGCCGAGAAGCAUGUUGUAACAUUAUGGGAUGCAAACAGUUUCACAUUACAAGGCGUCUUAACAUUCCCGACAUUUAAAAGUGUGGUGUCCAAGAUUGCAUUUGCUGCUAGCAGUCAUUACUUGUAUGCUGCAACCAGGACGCAUUUGCUUGUAUGGAAUCUGUUGACAUGUACUGUUUGGUGGAGUGUACCAAUGAGAGUGUCUCAGUUUGUAGCUGAUCCCGAAAGCUCUCGAUUGGUAGUAAGCGCUGAAGAUAUAACUACAGAGGGUCGACAUUUAACAUCACGUCUUCACAUCUUCCAACCUGAGUCACCCAUACCUAUCGCAUCUCACGACAUGAAGUCACAAUGUGUUGGAGCCACAUUCCUUCCUAAUUCAACAAAUGUGCUUAUUAUGGACUGGCAAUGUGCACUAUAUCUUUGGGGAAACACAGAGUCGAAUUCCAGAACCCUUCAGAGCAUACCAAAGCAAACUUCACUCCUAAACAAUAUGUUUGGCGAGUCUCCUGAAGCAACCACAGCUGCAUCAACAACAACAUCUAGUGUCGUAGUAUCAGCUAUACCGCCGCUGGCCUUCUUGACUGAUACCGCAUCGCAUCUAUUGCCUCGGCCAACUAGUAUGAUGGCGAGUUUGAUGGAUUUGCUGUUGCAACCGUCGAGAACCAAGAGUAGUAGUAGCAUAGAAGCAUCGGUGGAAGAGAAUGACACGUCGGCAAAGAUGGACGUUGACGAUAAUGACGCACUCUCAACGGAGAAAGUACCAGACAUGCGCUUUUUGAGUGAGACAUUCAAAAAGAUUGUGUCCUUGUAG